AGAAUGUAAAGGGACCAGCUACUCGCAAUGUCAAUGUCACUGCAGGUAGAGGAUUUGUAAUGCGUGAUACGAGAAUAGGAAAAUAGAAAUCUUGCCAUGGAAAUCAUAGUUAUCGUAACAAUAGAUAUAGCACGUUGUAACUACAUGCUUCUUGGGAACGGAUUACUUGUGUCACUCCAAGGUAUAGAGAGUUCCAUUUUGAUAGGACCAUAUGGACGUUUUCAUUGCUGUGGUGUGGAGGCCAAACAAACGUAUGAGCGUUUAAAAUCGGAGCGGGAUACGGACUGGUCUUUCUGUCAGGAUCCGUUUGGAGCAAUGAAUCAUUGCAACAACAAGGAUGAUUUGACAGUAAGAGAUCAUGCGGGGAAAGAAAUACCAGCGAAGACGGUAUUUGGGCUUGCUAUCCGUCACCUGAAAGAACAAUCACUACAACAAAUCAGGCACAGUGGUAGAAAAGAUGUCUCUCAAAACGAUUGUGUUUGGGAAUUUAUUUUGCCACCAGAUUGGAGUGAUAUUGCGGUACAGACGUUCAAAAAAGCUACUGAGAUACCGGCGCAUCUUCUGUCUGUUGAAAGAAAGGAGAUCAAUAUAUGUGAAGAAUUAUGUUGUGAGGAACUAGUAAACGAGAUUUUGCUGUCUCUGUCGCUUCUGGUAAACCAACUACAGUUACCGAACCUUGACGAGUUUCAGCAUGAGCACGUAAAUAACACUCGCAACUUUCAUACAAAGUCCAGUAAUCAGAACCAGUCUUUUCAUUUGGUAUACCAGCUUGUGGAAGAUCUUCGGAAGCAAAAAUCCAGCAUUUCUGUGUGUGGUUUACUCGAGUUCUUGGAAGACAUACUAGGACAUCUUGAAAACUUGGACGGAAGUCAAGUGUUGAGACAAACAAAGAAAACACUCCAACAGAUUCUUGGCGCAGUACGGAAUAGACUAAAUGUGAAGGGAUAUUCUGAUCAUGCUUGUGAUAUGCAUUCUAUUACAAAGUGCAAGAAAAAUGCUGAUGAUGGUAAUUACUCACCGAUAGGAUAUGAUCGCCAGCAUACAUGUUUCCCCGGCACAUCAGAACCAAACACGAAUAUUUUCAUCAAAGACAGCUUCCAUCUGUUUGAAACAGCAAGUUAUUGCAAUCCAGGUAACAAAAGGCAAUCUGAUUGAAAAAUACAAUCCGUUAGUAAGACUUUAGUGUGUGAAGUUUUGGUAUUCCUUUAACUAUUGUCUACGAUGACCUUCAGAAUAAAAGACUCAGAUUUAAUAUCAUUUCUAGAAACCUUAUUCUGUCGGUGAUGAACAUUAUGGCGGGGACCUAUAUUUACUGUAUUUUUCGCCCGUAUGUCCGGUCUUUCGUCAUAUACCAUUUUUCGUUCUUUUCUCCAAUAGUUUUCAAGUUUUCAGCUUACAGAAAGGCAUUAUAUUUCGCACACUUGCGCAUCUUGUGUCUCGAGUAGUUGUCGCCCUUGAAUUGUUUCACUUAUAUACAUAGGUUGCGAAUUGGGGGUUUUGUUUAGUCAAACAUAAUGGGCGACAUUCAGUACAUAAAAAUGAAGUAAAAAUUUGAUUGCGUCCUCAGCGUGUUAAUAAGCCGGGAUUAUAAAUUUGCCAUCAAUCUGUCCGUCUAAUGCCCGAGCGAAUAAAUCUGGAUCAUGAAAUAAAUUGUGCGUAUUCAACCUAAUGUUUACGUCCAAGACGGAUCGAAUAUCGAAAUUCAAGUGUUCCGAAACUAAAUUUCGACCCAACAUUUGUGUCUUCUUUAAUAUUGAAAAUCAGAUUUUCAAUAUUCCAAACAACGAGUUGUCAUUUAUUCA